AUUCAGUUUGUCGAGAGAGGGGGCACUUUCUUGGAGCAAGCCUCAACUCCAUUCAAUCCUCUUGAAGCAGCACAUCGCAAAGCGAGGAGCACAAAUAUAACAUUACAAUGCAGAUGGCAGCAACUGCAAGCGGGGCAUUGGUGGGCUUGCGCUCUGGCUCAACCUUUUUUUGAACUGGCCCCCCCCAACGAUGCGUCCGCGGGUGCUCUGCACAAAUCGCUAUGGACUUCAGCAUGUUUCUGUAACGCUCUAAGCACGAGGAGCAUCGAGGGCGGGGUUGGCGCGCAAACCGGCGAGCCUGGGCCCCUGCAACGAUGCACACGCUGCAGCUCCCUGGGUGCCCACCUCCGCCGACAACUGCUCCAGUCAGGUCAUCUAUACGGCCUCCAUGGCGCUCGGUUCACACGCAGGCAUCUGCACGGAACCCGGCAACGGGGGAGCCAUCGGAUGACGCGCCUGCAACGGACUGGCCAGUGGUAGGCGACCUCAAGCCUUCGCUGCAGGAUGUGCUGCUGGCUUCAUCUGCAAUAGCUUCAGGCCCAGCAUGGCCUGCCGCCCCAGCGGCAGACGCCGUGCAGAGCGCGACGCAGCCAGCAGCACAAGCACCCGUCCCGCCGCUGGCCGCAGCCGGCCAUGCGCCCGUGGCGGCUGCCACGGCCGCUACAGCCGCCGCGGCCGCUGCGGCUGCGGCGGCUGCGAAGGCGGCUGAGAAGAAGCGGGGGCUUGGCGGCAACAGCGCCUGGUCAGCUCGGGACCGGGCCUCUGACGACUUGGCGCGGGAGCGGGACUCGGUGGGGCGCAUGAGCGAGGUGGCGCUGUCGGUGCUGGUCAUGGCGGAGCUGGUGUCGGCACUGUCAGGCAACGGCAGGCCGAUGACGGCUGAGGAGCUGCGCCAGACGUUGGCCAGCUUCGAGGUCAGCGUGGCUGACGUGCGCACCGCCGAGGCCGCCGGCAUCAUGCCCUCCGACCUCCUGCGCCGCCUGGGACUGCAACCGUCCUCGCCCUCCGCGCCCGCGCCCAAGGCCGGCGCGGGCAGCGGCGCUUCCGGCGGCGGUACUGGCAGCAACAACGUGUUCAGCGGCUUUGGCCGCAAGUCACAGGCGGCAGCGCCGGCAGCCCCGCAGUGGCCCGCGCUGCCCGGGGCCAGCCAGACUUCGGAGGUGGUGAGCGUCGCAGCUGACGCAGCGGAAAUGGCGGCGGUGGCGUCGGGGGCGCUGGUGGCGCAGACGCGCAUGAUCAUCGGCACAGUGCUGUAUGGCAUGUUCGACGACCCCCUACCCGAGCCCACUGUUCCCGCGGAGAGCGGCGGCGGCGGCGAGAGCAGCACAGGUGGCGGCGGUGGUGGUGGUGGUGGCGGCGGUGGGCGUGGAGGCGGCGGUGAUGGGGACAACAGCAACUGGGGCGAGUGGUGGGGCCCUGACGGCCCCGGACCGCGGAUGCGUCGCUUGCUGCAGCUCCUGGCGGCCGUGUGCCUGCUACUGCCGCCGGACCGACAGCUGAGGCUGCUGCGCAACUUGUACAACACGCUGAUGGCGGGCCUGGUGGGCCUGAGCGGCGAGGCCUCGGGCAUGGGUGCCGCCACCGUCACCCCGCGCUUUGCACACCUGGUCAGCCGCGCAGCCGCGUCCGCGUCGGCUGCAGCUUAUGGAGGAUCGGGGGCCGGCGCUGGCGUCGGUGCACGUGCCGGCAGCUUUGCUACCUCGUCGGUGCUGCUGCUGCCGGCCGCCACAGAUGUGCUUGCUGGCGAGGGGGCUGCGGCGGCGGGUGGGAAGGCCGCUAGCCUGGCUGAGGGCUUGCAGGGACAGCAGGAGCAUGCGGCGCACCGGGGGCAUGCGGAGCAGGCUGCAGCAGCUGCUGCAGGGGUAGAGCCGUUGCAGGACCCCUGCAAGUCACAAGGCCGGUUCCAUGCGCUGAGUGCUAGGGCGUGGCUGGCCCACGUGCUGGUGGCUUCCACGGACCCCACGUCAUCGGGGCUGUCACCCACGGCAGCAGCCGCCAUGCUGGGUGGCAGUGGCAUCACGCCGCGCCCGUUCGGUGACUUCGUAAGGCCGUGGGUGGCCCAAGCCUCACCGCUCCAGCAGCCACCCAUGCCUCAGCCGCAGACAGCGUGGCAGCAGCAGCAGGGCCACCAGCAGCCAUCCUUGUUUGCUGCGCAAGCCGCGGCGCCGCCCCUGUCUCACUUAACAGCGAUCAGCGACACAGACGCCGAGGGCAGCGUCAUAAGCGUUAGCGGUUGCGAGGAGCUGGGUGCAGCCUCAGAAGGCGAAUCUGAGCGCCUCGCGCGGGCGCUGGCUAGCAUGCGCUACUCUCUGGCUCGGAACUUCGCCUCCGGGGCCGCUAGCAGCAAUGGCAGCCGCCGCGCGAGCAGCGGCAGUGGCGGCCUGGUGGCAAUAAGCGCAGCUGGCUCGCCACGGCUGUCCGAGAGCGGUGACGCCGGCGUGGUGGCGGCAGCUACCGUGGUGGAGUUGGGCGCAGCUGACGUGGACCUGAGCAUCCUGCGCCUGGCGCUGCUGCAGUCGCACGCGCUGUCGUCCAUCUCGUUGUCGUCCACGUCCGGCAACUCGGGCGCCACCACCGCCAGGUCGCAGAGCCAUAGCAGCGUUGCUGGCGGCGGCAGCGCCACCGGCGACGACGCGGUGGGUCUGUCCUUGUCGCAGCCGCGCUCACAUGCGGCGUCGCCGGGCGGCGCUGCCUCGCCGGUCGCCUCGUCGUUGCCGUCGCCCACCCUGUCAGAGCGGGCGCGGGCGGCAGCGGCCACCGCACCAGCUACCGCUCCUGGCGUCGUUGUGAGCGUGACGGCAUUGCCGGUGGUCCGUGGUCUGCCGCCACUGCCGCGUGUACGCCCGCGCCCAGAGGCAGCCGCCGGCACUGGGCCGGCAUCGUCUGGCGGAUCCCGCUCUUCGCCAAUCGCCGAGCACUUGGCACCGGUGCCCGAAUCAGAGCCGCUGCUUGUUGCAGCCGUCCCAGACGCCGCUACCGCUUCGCCAGACGCCGCUGCCGGCGCUGCUGUCGCUGCCGCUGCCGCUGCCGCUGCCGCUGCCGCUGUGCAGCUUCACACCGGAGGCAGCCCCGCGGCCGCGCCUGCGUCCCCUGCCUCCGACUUGCAGUCGGCCUCGCCGCCGGCCCACCUCAUGACGCCGCUGUCGCCACAGAGCAGCUGCAUGACGCUGUUGCUGGACAGCCGCCGCCAGACCAUGGACAGUGUCGACACAAUGCUGAUGUCAGCAUCCACGACGUCCAUGAGCUGCGGCGGCGCGGCACUAGGGCCCGGCACCGGUGCCGCCCGGCACUCCUUCGCGAGCAGCGGUGGCGCCGUCGCCGGCAGCGGGGGCGCCGCGGCGAUGAGGUACUGGCCACGGGAUGCGUCGCUGCUGUCAUCGGCCGGCGGCGCCAGCGUGUCAAGUACCGGCAGUCCGGACGUGCCACUUGCUCGGGCGCCGCGGGCUGUGGGCCCGAGCCCGCUGAUGCCUGCAGCACUCGUGGCCGGGGAAGCUUCGAAGGGGCCAGCGGCCGCAGUCGGCGCCGGCAAGCCGGAGGGCGAGAGCCACUUCACACCUGCACACGAGCUCGUACUGCCGCCGGCUGUGGCCGCCUACUCAAUGGCCAAGGGCCCUGCCGGCCCUGCCGCGCGGGGCCCUGCCGCGGACGGCCCACGGCCACUUGGAGUGGGCGCGUCAACCGAUGUGGGUCGGGACCAGUGGCCCGCGGCACUCGCCUCCCGGGACGCCCGCCUCACCAGCGCCUCCCAAGGAGCUGCUGCCGCCGGCAGCGCGAGCGCUGCAGCUCAGCCGGCGCUGCAGACUGGGCCGGCGCGGCUCCGGCUGUUCACAACAGCUGCGCCCUUCGACUCCGCGCCUGCCAGCCAGGCCUCUGCGGCGGGUACCUGCCAGCGCAGUGGCAGCAGCAGUCCUGCAGCUGGGCACGCACCCGUGCCUGCACCCCGCAGCCCCGACCACCCGGCAGCCUCUGCGCGCGCCCGCGCGACGGCGCUGCACCGGCGCAGCGUUUGGGAGUCACACGACGCCGUGCUGCUGGGCGAGAUGCCGUCGGAGCUGGAAGAAGCCGAAGGCGAGGCGCAAGAAGCUGUGGAGGAGGCUGCACGGCGUGAGGAGCGCGGGGAGGAGGUGGCGGAGGCCAGGCAGGAGGAGGAGCGCGUGCAGCGGCACACUGCUGCCAUGGCGGAGGAAGGCGCAGGCUGCUUGCCGCUAAUGCGGGCAGGAGCAACUGCGACAGAGGAGGCAGCAGUAGAGACAGCUUCGUCUUGCAGCGCCCUAGCAAUGCUAGCGCCAGCGCCAGAGGCUGUGUCAGCGGCCGCCACAAUGCCGCAAGGGGCUGGUCCGCUGGCUGAGCCGCUGCAUGCGCCGCAGCAGACUGCUGACGCGGCCGCAGCCCUGGCGCCCCCUCAGCCCCCGCGCGUGCGCUCCUUGAACAGCGUCGCUCGAGACGAUGAGGAGCGCGUGGCGCAGGUGGCGCCGCCGCUGGGGCUUGGCGGGCGCAGCCUCGCGCCGCGCAGCCGCCGGCACAGUCGCAACAAUAGCCUCGACGGCAUCAGUGGCCGCCUUUCGGACUCGGCCGACGUGCACUCUGUGCCACGCACCCCGCGUCAAACAUCGGUGUCUGGACAGGGCAACGGCGCGAGCCGCUCCUCGUCAGCGGGCCGUCGCUCGCCCACCGCUGUGCCGGCCGACUCGCCGCCGGCCUCCCCAGACGCCCUCGACGCCAUCCUCUCCCAGCUUCCUGCCAUUGGCACUCCCGGCGCCGCAUCCGCUGCGAUGGCUGCUGCUGGCCCUGUCACAGUUGCUGCGGUUACGGCUGAUGCGACUGGCGCUGUCUACGCCGAAUCUUCUUCCUAUCCGUCCUCUCCUGGCGAUGUUGAGCGCUGGUCCCCCAAGAAGAUCGCGACCGCUGCCACUCUGGCGGCCGUACCUGCGCUUGCUGCGACCGCCUGGGUCGCGCACAUGUCUGCCGCGGCGCCCCACAUGCUGUCUACCAUUGCCUCGUCGCCGACGGCAGCUGCGGCGGUUGACACCGCGGCUAGCAAUGCCGUCCGCGCUCUGCGCGCAAGCAGCAGUAACCUCGGCAGCGGUGCUGGAGCGCUCGGCAGCGGCAGCAGCGCGGCUGGGGUGUGGUCCGGCCGGGGCACAGCAGUCGCGGCUACGGCAACGGCGGCUCUGAUUGCCUUGCCCGUGGUUGCUUCUGUGCUCUACAGCGGCGGCGGCGUAAGGCCAGGCUCGGCUGCAGGCCAGCCUGUGGACGACGAGGAGGGGCGUGCGGAUGGCUCGGCCCGGUCCGCCGUACCGGUGCGGACGUCGCACACCGUCACGCAGAUGGCGGCUGCGGCCGUGGCGAUGGCGGCGGCGACUGGCGAGACGGCCUGGCGGCGUCUAUACGCGGGCAUGUCAAGCCGCCGGCUCAUUCUGGCACAGGAGCUGCAUGAAUGUGGGGAGGCGGACACAUCGGCUGCCGGUGCCAACACGGUCAGCAACACGUACGAGGAAGUUGCGCGCAGCGCGCCCGUAGCUGCGCCGCAGCGGCCAAACGGGGCCCAGCUGAGCCCUCGUGAGGCCGGGGCGCUGCUGGAGGCGGCCGAUGCUUCCACCGAGCAACUGCCUACGACGGCAGUAGCUGUGGUCGCUGCAAGCCCUGCCACACGAGGCGUAGCUGCAGAGGCAGCUGCCGUCGAGGUGGAGCAUGCGGUCAUCACGCCGCCGUCCAUACAGCGCGAGACCGCCCCAGCCAGCAGCUCGGAUCAGCCGUCGGCCCAGGCGCUGUCGCCGCUCGUGGUCGUGUGCGACCUGACCCAGGCGUCGCCGGCAUCCGCACUCCUGGAGCCGGAGCAGCGGUCGGCGCGCGAGUCCGUCAGGGCGGAUGCGGCGGACUCGGCUGCUGAAGCUGAAGGGGCGGCGCCUGCGGUACCGGCAGCACCUGUGCCGUCGGUGCAGGUGCCGAGCGGUGGCCUGGAGGAGCUUGCGGGCGGAGACCCAGGCGCCACCGCGCCGCUCUUCGCCGCCCAGGCACCCGCACCCGCAGAGGGCCGCCUGCAGCUGUCGCGCGCGUCGCUAACUGCCCUGCCGACCUCGUCGCUAGCCGCCGCAGCCUCCGUCGCCUAUGCCAGGCAUGCGCCUCCUGCAGCUUGUGCUGUCGCCGCCACAGCAACACCAGCAGACUCUGCAGCUGCCGUGUCACCGGUUCAGUCCAAAAGCUUUGAGUCGGACGGGGCUUGGACUUCUGCGCGUGCGACACCCAUCCGCGAUGCGGCGGCUGCUAUGGAGACCUCCAAGCCUGCCAGCAGUGCCUGGGAUGUGCAUAGUCCAGAGCCGGGAGCUCCCACCGCUUCCAGCGGUGUCGCGCCACCUGCUUUCGCGGCGCCCCCUCAUAGGCAGGCCUCGGAGCAGCAGCCCUGGCCAUUACCGCUCGCGACGUUGCCUCCCCUGCUCGCAAAGGCAGCGCCAAAGAUGCUGGCGGCAGCAGACACGGAAGCUAUGCGCGAAGACGAGGAUGAGGAUGGCGAAGGUGUGCCACCGCAGUCCCGCCUGGCGCUCUGGCGGACGGCCGCCGCGACGCCGAUGCUAACUAUUGCAGUCGUUGUCAGCAGCAUGGAGCUCCCUGCGACCACUGCCCUUGACACGGCCAGCGCGACAGCUGCGCCGGCCAUCGCAUCUUCCACCACUACCUCCUCCAUCCGGACAGCUGCGGCAGACACCGGUGCCGAGGCUGCUCGCGCCGACGUGGCCGCACCCAGCACCGGGCUUGCCAAGGCCACACAUGCAGCCGCUGCGGAGGACACCACUGAGACGGCGCGCCCACUGGCUGCUCCCAUCGCCCUGACCGCCAGUACGGGCCUUGCAGAAAUUUUGAUGCCCCGCGAUGCAGCCACAGCUGCCGGCGGCGCGCAGCUGCUUUCAUCAUCGUCGCACGUGCUGGCCAGCCCGCGCGCCUCGUUGCGGCCGCCCCUCGGCACCUCCAGCCUGGCGCAUGUGGACUACCGCUCCCCGGCCCGUGCCUCCGCCGCCCCUGCGUCACCGGCCCUGGGAACUACUGCACCUGCAGCUGCCACGGCCGUGGCAACGGAUGACGCGGCCGGCGAAGCCAUGAUGACGAGCCCGUUUGGUCAGCUGAGCGCCCAGCCGCCUUCGCUCGGAGGCAUGCCCGGCAGCGGCCAGAAGGAACGGCAGCGCGCCCCGUCGGCGGCAGCAUCCUCAAUGUCGUCCGGUGUCUUUGGCGCUGGCGCAGGAAGCAGCGGCCUCGCUGAGGUGCUCUCUGGAACACCGCGCGUGUCGCCCUCAGCUCUGCGCGACCCCUUGACGAAAUCGGAUGGGUCCACCGAUCCCGGUCACCAGCGCCACCAGCAGCACGACGACGUGAUGCUGCUGAGCCCGCGCGUAUCGCUGGCGCCACGGCCGCACACUGAGGCAGCAGCACUCACCAGCGUUGACUACCGCUCGCCGGCCCGCGCCGUGGGCCCCGGCCACAGCUCCGGCCACCAUACGCCUGCGGUCUUGGGCACGCCUCGCGCGUCCAUCACCAGCCUGUCACCGCUGUCUCUGACGCCCCGUGCGUCCGUGACCUCUCCGUCGCCGCUGUCCCACAGCGUCAGCGGCCUGGCAGAGGUGUCUUCGCUGGCGGCGGAAGCCGCCGCUGACGUUGCAGCGGCCAGCGCCGGCGAGGGCUCGCAAGAGGGCGCCGGCCAGGUGUCGGAAGCGGUGACCCCGCGCCUGUCCGCGACAAGCCUGUUGCCGCAGCCCAGCCCCGGUGACGCGUCUCUCACCGCCGUGUCCUACCGCAUUCAGGAGAUCGCGCCGCUCAACCCGCCCAGCAGCACCGGCGCCGGCGCAGCCGGCUUGGCCGACGUGCUCCGCGACACCUCGCCCAACCGCAUCAGCCUGGUUGCGGCGUCCAGUCCCGCACCGCACGGCAGCGGCUCCUCGCUUGAGGCUGAGGCGACGGCGGCGCCCACCGAAGCGGCCGAAGUGAUGGAGGCAGCUGGGGCGCUGGCUGAGGCUGCGACACCAGCGCCGGCGGUGUUCUCGGCGGAGGCGGAGGCGGAGGUGGUGUUCUCGGCGGAAGCGGAAGCGGAGGCAGAGGCGGAGGCGGUGGUGGAGGCGGAGGCGGAGGCUGCUGUGUCUGAGGAGGCCACAGGGGAGUCUUGGUCCUCAUCGCCGGAGCUGGAGGUGCGCCAGCUGGGUCUCACGCUGCUGCAGGCUGCUGAGCCGCUGUCCGCGGCAGAAGCGGAGGCUGCCGAGCCGGCCGCUGCCGCUGCCGUUACGGUGCCGCUGGGCUCACUUGCGAGCUCAGCGCUGCUCCGCUCCGCGGAGCCGCACUCGUCACAGCGUGACGGGGUCACGGACGACCUCGCGCGAGCUGUGGCGCCGGCGGCUACAACUCCGGCUUCACUUAAGGCCUUGGCGUCGGUCGGCACGGAGCGGGUGGCAGCUGCGUGCGAAGCACCGGAGCUGACGUUGGCUGGGCUACUGACCGCUGGAGCAGCGACGGCAGCUGCUGCUGAGCUGCGGGAGGCGGACGGGGUGGAGCAGGGCGAGGAUGCUGCUCCGGCGGUGUCCAAGGCAGCCAAGCGCCUGGCUCGCCGCAAACGGGCCAAAGCCGCCGCUCUCGCCGCCGCCGCCGCUGCUGCGGCAGCAGCGGCCUCCACUGCUGAGCCUGUUGCAGACGAGGCUGCGGGGCCGUCAGGAGUGGAUGCUGUAGAAGACACGGAGGUGCCAGAGCAGCAAGGCCAGCCCACUGUCGCACAGCGGUCGGCUAAGGCCCUUAAGCGCCGCGAGAAACGUGCCCGCGCCAUUGCCGCCGCUGCGGUCGCAGCGGCGGCCACUGCUGCUGCCCCUACCACCGAGGUUGCCGACGACGGCUCUGCCGCUGACGCUGCCAGCGCUGCUGGUGUCGCCGGCGUGCCCAGCGCAAGUGGAGAUGCAAACACGUCAGGCGUGGCGUUGGACACGACGGCAUCGCAAGAGCGUCACCUGGUCAUUGUCACCACUGCCGAGCCUACAGUCAUUCCGCACGCGGCUACGAGCGCCAUUGCGGACUGCGCUUCAGACGCCGCUGCGGACGCCAUUGCGGACUGCGGCUCAGAUGCCGCUGCGGACGCCACUGCGGACGCCGGUGGUGACGCGGUUGCAGCUGCGCCGCCCCUGGCCCUGGCUUCAGGUUUAGCUGAGGCGAAGCUAAGGUGCACGGUGGAGCCGGAGGCUGCGGCGGAGCCGGUAGAGUUGGAGGCGGCGGUGGAGCCAACGUGCGCGGUGGAGCCGCAGGCCGCGGUGGAGGCGACAGACAGGGCAGAGCCGGAGGCUGUGGCGGCGCGGACGGAUGUGGUGGGGCCAGAGGCUGCGCCCCGCGGUCACAUCACCGUGCUGCCGGCGGCGGAGGCAGAAGGCCUGAACCCGCCGCUGGAGGAGCUGGCGGCGACGCAGGCGGCGGCAGACAUCGAGACAGCGGCACCACAGGAGGCUCUGGGUGCGCUGGUGGAGGAGUCCACCGAGCCGGUGGCGGCCGCCAGCGAAGCGGAGCAGCAGGGAGCGCUGCCGGAGGUGCUGGCAGGCGAGGAGUGUUCAUUGCAAAUGCCGCCCGCUACCGUUGCGGCGUCUGUCGAGACCGUGGCUCCUGCCCAGGAGCAGGCGCCGACUGCCUCCGCAUCCGCCGCUGCCACUGCGCCAGCGGAUGCCCGUUGCGUAGCCCUGGAGGAGCAGUCAGCGGCACCCGAGCCGCUCUCCGGCACCGCUAGCGUGCAGCACGAUGAGACGCUGGCGACCUCGUCCGCCACCACGCCGACCGCAGCCGCAGCGGCAGGCGAGCCGCCGACGUCCAAGGCGGGCAAGCGGCUGGCGCGCCGCAAGCGGGCAAAGGCCGCGUCGCUCGCCACGGCUGCCGCAACAGGCGCUGGCGUCGCGGCCACUGCCUCGGCAGGCGGAGCCGACAUGACGGAGGAGGACCAGGUCUGCAUUGACAGCGCCGUGCCUGCGGUCGUCCGGGCGGAGGCCGAGGUGGAGGCGGCGGAGGAAGAGGUGGCUCAAGCCGAGCUGGCAGAUGUGAAGGCAAAUGCACAUCUGGAGCAGGAGGCUGCCGAGCUGCCGCUGGCGGCUGCGCCCCGCGCUGCCGCCCGUGCCUCUGUCCCCGAUGCUCACACUGUGGCUGCCGCCACUGAGGUGCCUAGCAGCAUCCCGCCCGUGUCGCAGCCGGCGGACGAGGCGGUGGAAGAGCUGGAGGCGGAGGCGGCAGCUGAGGAGGUCGCUGAGCCCGCCGAGCGGGGCUUUAGCGCCUGCGUUGCCGGAACACUGCUAGACGCCGCGCCGCCCCAGCUGCAGGCAGCUGCGCCUGCGAUAGCAGUGGCCAGCGACACCGAAGCAGCGUCACUGCAAGUCGCUGCUUCUGCGGAUGUUGCGGGUGUGGAGACCGCCAUCGACGCUGUGGGCGCCGACACGUGGGCUACGACUGCAGCAGCCGCACCAGCACGCGCAAGCGCAGGCGUAAGCACCCCUUCGGCAGACGAGUCACCUGCCCGCAAUGGAGCGCUCUGGAGCCGCAGCGCGGCGCCGCAGACGCUGUCGCAGGCUGCUCCUGUCGCAGCAGCGGCCUCUGAGGUAAUGCAGGCAGUGGUUGCGCAUCCUGCUGCGGCGGCGGGUCCGGACGCCAACGUGGCGGAGGUCAUGGGAGCGGCUGCGGACGACACGGCUCUGCCCUCUGACCGGGCUGCGGAGCCUGCUGCCCCUGCUGCAACAGCUGGCGCCGGUUUGGGGAUGUCUGCCUACUCUGCGGACCCGGCAUCGGCUAAUCCGCUGGCAGCGGCAUCCGCAGCACCGCAGGCGCUCGAGCUUGAGGCCGCUGAAGCGACUGCAGAGGGCAAGGCCUCUGCUGGCGCUGACUCGCUGCCGUGCGGCUCGCCUGUCGCCGCUGCACCAAUGGUUGCGGUAGUGACGGGCAGUGCUGCAUCACCGAGCAGCACCGACUAUGAGGCAGUCGACGGGACCGUGGCGCUGGACAGCCCCGCGGCAACUCGCGCCGUUGCGGCCGAGGACGUGGCGCAGGCUGCUGUGCCCGAGGCCUCCCGGCACCAGCUGGAGCCUGCGGACGACACCCUGCGCUCGCUGCAGCAUCUGCAGCCGGAGGCGGAGGCCGUGCUGGAUGUGGAUGUGCAGGGAGAGGACACGCGGGCAGCGGUAAAUGCUGUGGAGGCGGCUGGUGCGCUGGAGGUCGCGGACACAGCUGCUGUCGACCUCGUUGCGGUUGCCGAGGCAGCCCCUGACGCUGCGGGUGCAAGGGCCGCCGACAGCGCUUCCGGUGCCUUCGCGGCGAACCCGGUUGCUGAAGCACGCGCAGAGCUGCCACAGCAGCAAGUGACGGCGGCAGGGGGCGCGGGCGGGGCGGUACAGGAUUUGUCGCCGCAGCCGGAGGAGAUGAGCAAGUCUGCCAAGCGCCUGGCGCGGCGCAAGCGUGCGGCGGCAGCUCGCAAGGCGGCAGAAGAGGCCGGCGCCACCGCUGCGAGGGCGGGCGUCGCAGCGGGCGUACCUGCAGCUACGGCAGCUGAUGACGAGCAGAUGGCUGGGCACACAGCGCUGGCGGAAGUCGCCGGAGCAGCAGACAACGUUGCGGAGGCAGAGCACGCCGAUGCGCGGUCGAUGCAGUCGCCGGAGGAGGAGGCGCAUACGGCCAACGCGCCGGAGCCGCAGCCUCAGAGCAAGGGCGCCAAGCGGCUGGCUCGGCGCAAGCGGGUAGCUGCCCGCAUGGGGUUGGAGGUGUCGGGUGGCGGCACCGCUGUCGCGCCUGAUGACGAGCCUGCUGCUGCUGCCGACGUCCUUGCUUCCAGCGCCGACGCUGCCAAUGCGUUCGGUCCGGCUGCGCAAGCCAGCGCCGACACUGCUACAGCUGUGCGGGAGAUGGAUGCUGUGGCCCGCGUGGCCCCUGCGCCCCAUGCCGCCGUGUGCACGGCCACAACGGCUGCGGACGCCCCAGAGGCGCAGCAGGUGGCACUGCCUGCUGCGGGCGUCCGCGCUACCGAUCUAGCAGUCGCCGCCGCCGCAGCUGAGCCCCAAGCGGCAGCCCCUCCGUGCGCCGACGAGGCAGCGGCGGACAGCGCCGCUGGCCAUGUGGCUGCCACGCAUGCUACUUCGGAGCCGGAGGUGGAGGCGGCAAGCGGGGCGGAUGCGCCGGAAGCUGCGACAGCCGCUAUCUCGGGUGGCAGGAUCACCACAGCCGCCGCCGCCACCGCCACCCCUGAAGCGCAAGAGCUGGAGGUGGAGGAGGCUCAUGCGGCGGCGAAUGACGCGGUCGUUGCCACGCCUGACAUGGAGGCGAAGGCGGCGGAGGAGAUCGCCAUCGCGGCUACCACCGCAGCUCCUGGCAUCACCGCUGCAAAUGAGCCGGAGGCGGCCGAGAAGAUUUCAGGCGUGGCCGUGUCGGCUGAAGCAGCAGCUGUGGAGGUUCCGGUGACUGCCGCCGGCGCCAUCGCUGUCAGUACUGUCGUGCAGGCGUCGGAGCAGGAGGAGGUGCCAGAGGCGGACGCGGAGGCGGCAAGCGCGGCGGAUGCGCCAGAAGCUGCGACAGCCACUGUCUCGGGUGGCAGGAUCACCACCGCCGCCGCCACCGCCACCUCUGAAGCGCAAGAGCCGGAGGUGGAGGAGGCUCAUGCGGCGGCGAAUGACGCGGUCGUUGCCACGCCUGACCCGGAGGCGAAGGCGGCGGAGGAGAUCGCCAUCGCGGCUACCACCGCAGCUCCUGGCAUCACCGCUGCAAUUGAGCCGGAGGCGGCCGAGGAGAUUGCAUGCGUGGCCGUGUCGGCUGAAACAGCAGCUGUGGAGGUUCCGGUGACUGCCGCCGGCGCCAUCGCUGUCAAUACUGUCGUGCAGGCGUCGGAGCAGGAGGAGGUGCCAGAGGCGGUCACUCCUGCUGCUACGGAGCCGGACGCGGAGGAGGCACCUGCGGUGGACGUGGCAGCACCAGAGACCGCCGAUGCCUCGAGUGGCACGAUGGUCGCCGCCGCCGCUGCGACCGCGCCUGAGCUGAAGAUGGAGGAGGAUCGCGAGGCGGUCAAUGCGGCGGUGGUUGUCGCGUCUAGUUUGGAGGCGGUGGAGGCGGAGGAGGUCUUUACCGCGGCUACAGGCGCUGCUCCUGCCAUCACCGCUGCAGCUGGGCUGGAGGCAGUCGAGGUUCCUGUCGAGGUCGCUGACGCUGGCGUCUCGGCUGAGGCAGCAUCCGUGGCCGCCGCGAGCGCCAACACUGGCAACGCGGUCGGGCAGGCGUUGGAGGAGGAGGUGCUAGAGGUAGUUGCUGCUGCCGCGGCCGCCGCUGCUGCUCCUGCCUCGGAGCUAGCGCAGGAGGACGUCGUAAUCGCUGGCACCGCAGCCGCGCCUGUGCUGGUGGCUAUCGAGGUCGCAGCCUUGCCUGAGGCUGUGGCCGCGCCGGCUGCGGCCCCUGUGCCGGCACUGGAGGCAGCUGCGCCCGCAGCUGCUACCGAUGCCUCGGCGCCGAUGUCGCGUGAGGCCGCUUCGGUCGCUACCGCCCGCGGACGCGCUCCGGCAGCACCUGCGGCGCAGGUUACAGUUGUGGCGGAAUCCACGUCGUCUGAGCCUGCCCCGCACGCCGCCGUUAUUGCAGCACGGUUGCCUAAAGCUGUUGCGGAGGCGCCUGCGAAUGACGCCGUCGCAGCUGAGCUCCCAGCUACAUCAGCGCCGCUGGACAGCAGCGAAGCCACCGAGGUGCCCUCGGCCAUUGCUGCCCCUGCUCUUUCUCCUGCUCUUGCUCCUGCCGGGUCGACGGCCUCUGCACGCGCCGAGACCGCCGUCGCGGUACCCGCAGCCAAACAUGCUGCGGCACCGCAGGAGGACAGCGUGGAGGAGCGGCAGAGCACGAGCUCGGCGCGUGACCCGCAUCCUUUUGGCACUGACCCCGCAGCCCCGGCGGGCGCCGUGGCUCGCGAGGCCAGCCUGGCGUCAGGCCUGCCGGCGGCUGCUAGUGCACUGGCCGCGGCUGUGGCGGCGGAGGCGCAGGCGGCGGUGGCUAAGAACGACGACCUUGAGGCUGCGUCGCCGCCGCGCGCCCCGCAUGAUGCGGCCGUAGCGCCGCAGCCGGAAGGGCAGGAGGGGGUGGAGACGAAGGUGGAGAUGGAGGUGGAGGAGGUGGAGCACCUGGGCGCGCUACCGGUCGGCUCUCGCGUCCCCAAGCUUGACUUCAGCAAGUUGCCCGUGCCUCCGACCAUGAGCGCCCGCAGCCUACCUGUCGCCAGUGGCACACCCACAGCCGCGGCGAGCAGCACCACCACCAGCACCGCCCGGGACACGCCCACGCCGGCCUCAGCCGCUGUCGACCGCGGCACGGCGGCCGCAGCCAGUUCCCAGGCGCCACCGCGGCCGCCUGCGACCGGGUCGCCCGCUGCUGCUGCUGCCGACAGCGGCAGCGAGGACGGCAGUGAGGACAGCGGCCUCGGCUCGCCACACCUGCCGCCGCCGCCGCCGACUAGCGUCACCCGCACCGCCGCCGCCACCGCUCAGCAGGCCGCCGUCAGCAGCAGUGUAGCCGCCGCCGCAGUCGCCGCCAUGUCGCUGCUUGACCGGAUCUCGCCAUCGCGGCCGCCAGGCGUGCCCUUCUCUGCUAGCAGCAGCGCCGCGGCUUCGCCCGCCCGCCCAGCCUCGGGCAGCCACAGCCGUAUCCCAACCUUCUUCGCGGCCGGAUCGCCCGCCCGCAGCACGGCGUCGUCACGCAGUGCCGGCGCCGGCGCCACUUCGGUGUCGGCGUCGUUCUCCCGCCUGCCUCUGCCGCCGUCCGCGCCCGCCACGCAGCGCCUGCCGCCGCAGCCGCCCGCGCCGACGCCCGAGGCGGCGCGGGUGCAGCUGCGCCGCACGCAGCUGCCACAGGCGCGGGAGGCGCCGGCUCAGCCGCAGCUUGAGGAGCGGGUGGAGGAGCCGGAGCUGCUGCCGGAGCCGCAGUCAGGGCCACGUGUCAUGUACCGCCCCGCUGCCCAUUACGCGCCCCGCACUGGCUGCACGGCUGCUGCGUCCAAGCCGGCCACGGCCACCCUUACACGCUCAUCCAGCGGUAGCUUCACUGCCGCAGUCGUCGCCGCCACUGCCGCAGCCACGGCCACCGGUGCCGCCGGCGCCAACAACGGCAGCGGCAGCGGCAGUGGCAGUGGCAGGCAGCGUAAUCCAGAUGGCUUGGUUGCCCGUGCUGCAGCGGCGCUGGAGCUGCGCGCAUCAGGUGAUGGCGCCGCCAUGCCACCGCCGCCGCCUCGUCCCCCUCUGUACUCGCCGCUCAAGGCUAGCGCUGGCGCCGGGGCUGCUGGGCGCAUCGGCAACUGCGGUGGCAGCUGCAGCAGCAGCGUCUCCGGGGACGUCGCGUGCCGGCCGCCAUGGCGCACGUCGACACGGGCGGACAAGCCGCCGAUCUCCAAGUCCCACGACAGUGGCGCACUCGCGGCGGUGCUUGCGGCCACCAAGGCGCGUACAAAGGCCGGCAGCAGCGCAGCUGCGGGCGCCGCAGGCACCUCUGGCUCCGCAUCCACCUCCCUCCGGUCGUCGGUCAGCGGAAUCCCCAGCGUGUCGGGCUCGGCUUCCCUGGCGGGGGUUGCCAGACCCAAGCCCGCAGGUGGUCUGGCGCGCAAGAGCACCGGGACCGUCGCGGCCAAGCCUGCGGCCGCCAGCGCCGAUGCAGCCGGCGGCAGCGUCAGCAGCUCCGGAGGUGCGGCUGCCAGCGCUACGAAGCCGGGUGGCCAUGCGGUCGUGACGACCUCGCUGCUGCGACGCGCGCCGGUGCGUGCGUCUGCGCCUCACGCCUACAACCGCCUCAGCGGCGGCGGCGUACCCGCCGCUGCCGGCACUGCCGCCGGGGGCUCGGGCAGUGGCAGCAACAGCCGCAGCGGGAGCUUCAGCGGCCUGCCGCCGCGCAGCGGUGACUGCAACACCAGCCGCAGCACCAGCAGCGCUGCCAACGCCUCUGUUGUUAGCACAGCCAGGGCCGCUACUGCCCGGGCUGUGAGCGCCAGUGGCGUGGCGUCAACGCGGGCGGCGCUCAUGUCCGCGGUGCCGCUGUCGCUGGACGGUGAACAGCUUGAGGAGCAGGCGGCACCGAUAGCACCCGUGGCGGAGGCAGAGACGUCAAAGCCGUCGUUGGGCUCAACGCCGGGAGCUACCGCUGAGGCUGUGCUGGAUGCGGCUGCGGGCGCUCCAGCCGCGCCGCUAGCGCCAGGUCCAGCGCUCGCAGUCAUGGAAGAGGCGGCGACAGCACCAGCCGCCGCCGCCCCGGUGGCGCAACAGCCAGCUGUCACGCGGGUGCCGCCGCCGGUGCAGCCAGUGCAGGCCACGCCGUCAGUGUCGCCACGACCGCAGCCGAUGCAGCCCGCCGCGGACACACCGGACGCUGCCACUGCUGCAGCCACGGGCUUAUCGCCCGCUGCUGGCGGCGGCACGCCGGCUGGCCUAGGAGCUCCUGUGCGGCCCUCGCCAGUGCCCAUGCGCGGUGUGCGGGACUCCGUUGAGUCGGCGGCGGCUGCGGACCUGGUAGCGGCCGCUCUCAGGCAGUACGCUUCGAACGCCGGGGACCUGUCAGGCGACGAGCUGUCGCAGGCCCGUACCGACGAUGCCGAUGCUGCUGCUGCCGGCAGCAAGGCUGCGUCCACUGGGGCCAUAGCAGAAGCAACCGUCACGCUGCUGCCGCCGCCGGUGCAGUCGGUGCAGGCGACUCCGUCCAUCUCCCCGCGCUGCCAGCCCCAGCUGCCGGCUACAGACACGCCGGAGGCAGCGGCUGCCAAGGGGCCCUCUCUGGGGCCCUCGCCGGUCACCUUGAGCAUCGCAACAUCGGCGGCAGGGCAGAGGCCGUCGCCGGUGCCGGUGUCCCUGCGCGGGGCGCAGGACUCGGUGGAGACUGAGGCGGUGGCCGGGCUGGUGGCGGCGGCGCCCCGGGAAUACGCCGCUGCUGUAGAGCUGGAGCCGCAGGGGCCUGAGGCAGCGCUGCUGCAGCCACAGAGGGCUGGGCAGGCGGCCGUGGAGCAAGAGCAGUUGGGCCCUCGGGUGGAGGGCGUGCACGCCGCGUUGCACAGCACAGAGGACUGCGAGGACAUGAGCUGCCGGGAUGAGCAGCCGCAGCAGGCCCCGAAAGCCGAGCAGCAACGGCAGGCACAGGCACAGGCCCGGCCGCUGCUGCCCGAGUUGACCAGGGAGCCUGCGCAGGCAGCAACCGCCUUCACCGCGGCAACAGGCGCCGCCAGCCGCACCGAGGUCGCGGCUGAGCCUGGUGAGCAGGCGGCUGCCGCCGAGAAGGCGGCACAGGCAAUGGAGGUCGAGGUGUUGCAGCAGCAGUCCGGCGCUGCACAGACGGCCGCAGCAGAAAUGCACACUAGUGCCGCUCGUGCAGGGUGGUCGCGCGUCGCAAGCCAGCGCUACGCCGCGGCGUCCGCGGACCUGCAUGAUGGCGAGGAAGAGGAGGGAGAUGAAGCGGAAGAUGAGGAAGAGGAGGGAGAUGAAGCGGAAGAUGAGCAGGCCGACGCCGGCGAGCAGGAUCGCGCAGCGGCAAGCACAGUGGGUUGUCAGCGGCAGGAGCGCACUGUCUCUUCCGAAGAGCCACAGGCGCGGGAGCCGGCGGCGCCGGUGGCGGCGUCAGCGGCUGCACGGGCGGGCUUUGCCAAGGCAGCGAGCGUGCGGUACGCAGCCUCGGCCGCCUCGCAACACGAGGACGACGACGAGGAGGGCGAGGGCCGGGGCGACCCCGGCAGUGGCGACGGGCUCCAGGCGGGGGACGACGAGGAGGCAGACGACCUCGGUGACGAGGACGAAGACGAGGACGAGGGCGAUGACGAGUUCGGCCUCGAGCCGGCGGAUGAGGCGGCUCUAGAGGCUGCACUCGCUGCAGCCGCCGCCAGCAUCACACGCAGCCGCCGCGCCAUGCCCCAGCUCGCGGCGUCGGCGCCGGUCCCUGCCACGGCCUUGGCCACGCCAGGCAAGCCUCCGCGUGCACCGGGCUUUGCAGGCGUCGUCACGCAAGCGAUGGCAGCGGCGUCCUCCGCCGCUGCCACCGGGGCCCCUCUUCCGGGCAGUGCCUCAGUGUCGGGCCCUCUGGGUGCCGGCGCUGCAGGUGCAGCGCGUGCGGGUUCCGGCGCCGGCUCUGUCGCGUCCUCCACCGGCACCUCACGGACCGCCAAGCUGAAGAGCAGGUGGGCCAAGGCGCUCAAGUCACUGCUGGGCGUAGGCAGUAAGAGCGGUGCCGCGGGCUCCAGCGCCGCUGGCAGCAUCGCCGGCUUUUCUGAGGCAGCAUCGGCGAUUGAGGGCCUGGCGGCGCUGGAUGGGCUGUCGCUGGCGGCCACGAGUGACGUCAGCGGCUCGAUGCAGGGCUCAGUCGCGUCGGAGCCGGCGUUCGGCACGCCGGAGACAGCGGCAGCGCGGGAGAAGCGGAAGAAGAAAAGCAUGUGGAAGCGCAUGAAGCGGAAGCUGGGCAAGCUGAUGGGCGUCAUUCCGCGCAGCUGGGAGCUCGAGGCGCAGAGGGCGGCGGCGGCAGCCAUGGAGGCGUACCAACGCCAGCAGGCGGCGGCCGCGGCGGCGGCUGUCGCGUCUACAGCCGCAGGAGCGGCGGGUAGUGCUGCAACGAGCCGUGUGGAUGCAGCAGCAGGCCACGAGCAGGACCCAUGUGCAAGCGUGGAUGCAGCGGGAGCGGAGGAAGUGGAGGCAGGUGGCCCCAGUGACAAGCAUGAAUGAGCAGGCGUGCAGGCUUGGACUGGGAGGGGUUCAGGGCAGGAGUAUAGAAGCAAGUCCAGAUGUUCAGAAUAGUAUCACGUGCAGAGAGCUAGUGCAAGUUUUGUGGAAUUACCGGCAAAACAGGUGGCCCAGGUGCCUAGCAGGAACAGCUUUUAUCAUAAAAGUUACAGGCGCCCCAUGGUCUGCAACUUGCGAUGUAUAUGAUGUGCCGCUUCGGUUGCGCGGGCUGCGUGGAGCCUCGCCAUCUUGGGCCCCAGCGCGUACGGGGUGCGGUUCAGAGUGUCUAUCUUUUGGGGGGAUUACCGGGGACUAAGCAUAUAUGAGCCUGUGACCUCUUGAACGGCUCGGUCUUACCGGCUUACUCGUGCGGCCGCUAAAGCCACGGGUCCUAGAUUCCUAGCUUGACUGUGUGGCGAGCGCCGGUGCGCCCAGAACCGCCCUGGGGCGCAGUGACACGUCAUAUCUGCAUCGUCACAACGUUUUUGACAUUGCCCCUGGUGAGGUUCAUCUGGUUAUUGUGUGCUCUCGCAUAGGGAGUAGAAGAACUGAUUUGGGUUCCAGCAAGACACGCCGUAGCCAACUGCGUUGGCAGGCCUGGUCAAGCCUGGUAGAGGGUGGUAGUGCCCCCACGACCAAGUACUGCACCUAGGCACCGUUGUGGUCCAGGAAGACACUGGCUUGCAAUUUACAGCGGUCGUGCCAGUGUGUAAAUGUUAUGACUAGCUAUCGUAGGCGUCUAAGGCCACAGCCACGUGUGCGAAUGGUGCCGGCCGGCGUGCUGGGCAGCGUUGGGCUGUUGGCGCUCCCUCCCUGCACCCCUGCCUCGCUAUAACCGACAGCACGUGAUACACCGCGGCCGCCAGGGGCCACGCCCCUAGCUCAGGGACAGUCAGUUGUGACUUGUGAGGCUGCUUGGCUAAAAUGCUGGCAGUCCGGCACGUCACUUCAAAGUGCAGGUUGGCGUAGUCCCGGAGUGUACAGCAUACUCCCAGAUUCCAACAUCAAUUUGCGGCGUCAAGGCAUGAGGCGGCUGGUACAACGCCUGAGAAAUCGUUUACAGGCGGUUGUACGAGUACUGCAGUGGGAUGCGUGGUGGCGGAGGACAGCAGAGAACGUGCCUGACAAGCGAACUGC